AGCCAUUUUGGCUCAAGUAUUGGCUCGAAAGUUUCUCUAUCUAUUUUGUCACUGAUUAGUGCCCGGGCAGGUUGUGAGUCAAUUGGGCCGGUUGUUUCUCGGUCAAGAGCCGCUGCUGAAGCACGCCCAGCAUAUGUGCACACGCGCACCCCCCUUGCACAGAUUUUGCCACAACAUUUUUCUUCGCUGCUGGAUUGUGAUCUACUGUGAACCUAAGUAAUUUGCGUCGCAGGUACAAGUAAUUCCUUCACGGCACGUGAUAUCGGUAAUUUGUCUAUGGCGUUCAAAUUAGUUAUCUCAUUACGCUCCGGUCGGAGUUUUUUCCUAGCAAAGCAGGGCGUCCGCCAUUUGAUAUUGCCGGCGUCCGGUUUUUCAAACAUUCUUCAAGACAGUACGACUAAUGCGUCUGAUGUGUUUGCAGGGGCCCCACUGUCCACGAUAACUCCGAGCCUCCGAGGUAAUGUCCUUGCAGAUGUGGCUCGAAUGGUUGACGCGGAAGUGAACCCGCGCUCCAUAUUUGAGAUGGGUGUGCCUGGCCACUGCUGCAAUGGCUACAGACGCGGAACUGAUAAAAUGGAGUACGAUUGGCUUCGGAAUGGAUUGCGCAUCGUAUGCAAGAGUUCGAAGAUGUCAUGGUGCACAGUGAGAAAGAGUUGGGAAUUCCAGUUCAAAAGGAUUAAGAUUCCGCACGGUGAAGUUCGGAGAGUAGCUGCAUUUGAUGAAUUAUACUUGGUUUUGUAUACUCCUACGCACCUGUACUUCUACAGACAUUGUGGUACAUUCGGGUUGUCUUCUGUGGGACAGCGUACAGCUACUGAUGGGCACCAGCUUCGGAUACGUGGUGGGGGCGGUGUCGAAGAUUGGCGUUUUGCUUUGGAGGAUAUAUUGGGCAAGCUCGACGACGGCGCAAAUUCUUGCGUGCGUCUGGCAAUGAUGCCACUAGCGGACAAUCGGAUACAACACGCUCUAGACCUUCGGUGCAAUGUCACUCAGAAGAUUUUCAAUGGAUGCCCUUUAUCUGAGGUCACUCCUGUCGUGAGGGGGAAGCGACUUGAAAUGCUUACCUGCAGAGUGGAUCAAAUCGUUAACCCUAGUGCUGAGAUGAAGUGGCCCGAUUCUGGGUAUUGCGCGGGUGGCCUACAGCGGCGCGGAGGUUACAGGGCAGUGUGCGAUUGGCACCGAGAUGACAUUCGCGUCGAAUGCAAGAGUUCGCAGCUUCAGUGGAACAAGCGUUUGAGACGUUGGUCGUUCAAAUUUCCGAACGUCAAGGUUUCGAAUCCGCCUUCGUUUGACGAACUCCUGCUUGCAUUUUACACACCCUGGGGUGUUUAUAUUUACCGUCAUGAUCUGCGUUUCGGUCUGUCGCUUUGUGGGGUUAGAACAAGUGUCGCGGGUCACCAGAUCCAGGUAUAUGGCCCACGUCAAGAGGCAGAUUGGCAGGUUGCAUUGGACACGAUUAUCAACAAGAUUGACGAGUCAGAUUGCGGACGCGUUGCAUUCAUUUUUUGGUGAGACAGGCUGUAGACUGGUGCUGCUGCACCAUAAUUUGCCCUCCCCCCCACCCCAACGCUGGGCGGGAAAGAGCUCAGUAGAUGAUUGUAUGGCUCUUUCUCUCCUUGUUUCCCGUCACCGCAUCUUCCUCUUUGGACCGCAGAGUAAAUAUUGGCCACUGCAACCCGCAGUGAUACGUCGACCAGGCUAGCUGGCACUCACAGUGUUGCUACCGAGCGUGUCGAUCGCAGGAAGAGAAGGAGGAGCAGGCGGAGGUGCCUUUAACAUGCCGUCUAUUAUGCCGAGAGGACCGGCGAAAAAAAAACAGCUUGAGGUCGGAUGCGCGCGGACUUUUUGUAAACGAUCCC